AUGGAAUUCAAAAGUUUGAUCGUGGCGUGUGCUCUUUUGGUUGUUGCCGUUGUUGGCAAGUCCAUUGAGACAAUAAAGGUUAAAAGUGACGUACAUAAUAUUGAGUUAUGUCCGGGAGCCCCCACCCAUUUCGUAUACCAAGCUGAAGUGAUUGAAGAAGGUAAAUUUUUGCAGAAACUUACUGAAAUUAGAAAAUAUCCAUCAGAAGGAACUACAAAUACGGCAAAAAUUACUUGUAUUUUUGUUGAAGAUUUAAUUGGUAAUAAUAAUGGAGGUUACCCCACAUUAGACAGUGGUGGCAUUGGAUUCACUCAUGUGGCUAUCAAAAUGGUAUCACAAUUGUCUAAGGGAAUGGCCUUCCGCAUUUCAAUAUACACUGCCUAAAAUGUUUGAUAAGCAAAUUGAUUUAUAAUAAUAUGUAAUUUGAGUAUUAAUCCGUACAAUUUAAAUUAUGUUUUAGUUCAUGAAUUAAUAUUAAAAAUUAUAUUAACAAAAAAUUAUUACGUCAUUCAUCUUUUUAAAA